UCGACGUCUCAUUACGGCAGGACAAAUCCGGACGACGCAGCAUGGUCGCGCGCGAAAGCAAAGCAACAGCGAAACGACAAGCGAGCGCAGCGGCAGUCGGUGCUACUGACGCGGGAACGUCAGCCACGCUCUCUGACGAGACGACAGAACGGGCCGAGAGUGGUGGCCCGGCGAAGAAGCGGCGAGAGGCGGCGCCGAACACACGCGGGCUAACGCACCAAGUACGCGGCAAGCGCUGCGCAAUGCAAGAUACUGCGGGUCCCGCAGUAUUAGUGCCCUCUGCACCGUGCUCGACCGCCUCGACGGCAUCACCCCUUGCCAUCCAGGAGAAUGCUUCGAGCCCGGCGUCAACAGCCAAAACGGACGCUGAUGGUCGCGAGGCGACGACGAUCAAGCGCUACAAUGCCCUGAACAAGCGCCUCUUAGCAUGGCUUCAAGAGCGUCAUGCUGCGCUCGUGCAAAACGACAACGUCGUCUUGCCGGCAUGCGUCGCCACAAGCUAUCUAUGGUUCAUGUCCAUCAAGUGCGACAAGCGCGGGACACCGCUCGAGCCCCGUCAGCCAACAUCGGCGUCACACGUCGGCAACGCGUCGAGCGCUCUCAUCAACCUUCACAAGGAAGCCAAGGUCGAGAUACCGCCAGACCUUUGCGCCGCGCUUAAAGCGUUUACCAAAAACUAUGCUCCUCGCACCGGCCAACCAGGCAGCACAGCCACGCAGGAGGCUGUGCCAGAGCAAGGGUCCUCGUGCUGUGCGCAGCCAUCAGCCCAAGCGACCGCGGACUUGCGCGACCACAUGACGGCGCGCUGCCUUCUCACGAUUGCUGCUGAGAGUAACUCCGAUCCCGAUCUCGCCACGUCAGAGCCACCAGUACCGACGUUUUCGUGGGGCGGGCGACCCCACCCGGUGCCAGAAAAGUUUGUCCUGCCAGCAUGCACGGUGCAUCAGCUUUGGUGCAUGUGGUAUCAAGGGAUCUUGACGAGUGGCAUCGGCCCCUUGCGGAAACUGCGCUCGUUCGACUUGACGAAACCAAGCGACCGGAGCAAGCUUUCGAAAGCCCGCAAGGUGAUUGAAACGGUAGUCUUGGCAGCAGGGCAUCCGCACGAAUCCAGCGUCGCGUCCAUGACGCCAGAAGCGCGCGCAGUGGUGUUCAAGCACGGAUUUCAGCGCACGGCCAAGACGAUCCUCAAGCGACUAGUGCCGCGCUUCGAAUGGGGCGCCCGCCGCGUCGAUGAGAUGAGCUACAUUACAUUUUACGCCAUUGUGCUCAAGAGCAAGUCGACGCUGUGAUGUCCGAGUACGCAGAAAGAACAAGCGUGAGCGUCAUACGAGCUGGUGUACGAGUCCUGGAGGUCGUGAAUCGAUUGCAGGUCCCUCGAUACCCUCGUCGUUUUCCGAGCAAGAUCGUCAUCGAAUAUAACGCCCACAUGGUCUAGCGUGCGAAAGAUGAUCGAGUCAGCGACACCAUGUGGUCGUCAAAGAUGCGCUGAAAAACGCUUCAAGUGGCGGCGACUACGACACAUAAAAGGGACGCUCCCGUCGAGCCGUCCCUCGGUCCGUCAGCAAGUGUCCAUCUCUCGACGAAGAGCAGCGCAUCAAUCGAAAUGCGAGGCAUCGGACCUCGUUCCAAGCAGUAUCGACGAAGAGGCGUCGUGGGAUUUUUUAUUAUUAUUUCAAUUUCAAAUUUACGAAGUCAAUAAAUAGAGACGCCGAUCCUGCGCUCGGAUCUACGCGA